AUUAUUUUGUUUAUAUUUCAGUAACAACUAUCACAAUUUUUACAUAGAUAGUGAACAACAUUUGUUCCAAGCAGUUGUGGAGUUUUAUAUACAUAUAUUUUAUUACUGUUCGUUUUCAAAUCGACAAUAUAUGGACGUUAUCGUAAUAGGCUGCGGCGCGGCCGGUGUCGCAGCUUUAAGGAAACUCCAUGACGCUGGUCUGCGAGUCCUCGGCUUGGAGGCAGCGGACAGAAUCGGGGGUCGAAUAUGCACUAUUGAAUACGGUGACAGUACCCUGGAUAUCGGAGCUGCAUGGUGUCAUGGCGAAAAAGACAAUAUAGUGUUUGAACUAGCAGAGCCGCUAGGUCUACUUGGUAGACCAGACCCUCACGAUAGCUGGUAUGUACUAUCCAAUGGAGAUCUGGCACCUGAUGCGACAUGCAAGGAAAUACUUGCAAAUAUAGACGAAGAAGUAUGUAAGAGUCACAAGAAUAAUGUACAGUCCAUUUCGCAGUUUGUUAGGAAUGCAGUAAACACUAAAGAAACAUUUAAGCAAUUUCCGAGAUUAACCCGGAGUCUUUUAGAAGUAUACGAAAGGAACAACCAUUUAGGAGGUCAAGAUGAUCCUCAGCAUGGCAAGAGCCUGAAGGGACUGGACGAACACUGGCCUUGUGAGGGGGAAUUCUUGCUGAACUGGAGGGGGAGAGGUUAUAAGACCUUACUGGACGUUUUGUUGAACAAAUAUCCAGACCCCAACGAAGCGAUUCCCGUACAAAUACUACUGAACAAACACGUGGAAUGUAUAAGAUGGGGCACGAGCCAGCCUUCGCACCAAAUAAGCCCGCUUGUGCAAGUGAAGUGUACCGAUGGAAGCUUGUACGCUGCGAAAAGCGUUAUUGUAACAUUACCCUUAGCAGUACUGAAAGAGACACACGCUCAGCUCUUCAGCCCACCAUUACCCCAAGACAAAAUAAACUCAAUCAACAGUUUGCAUUAUUGCGUGCUCGAUAAAAUCUACAUAGAAUUCACCACACCGUGGUGGCCAAAAUCAGCCGGGAAAUUCGUAAUACUUUGGCAAGAAGAAGACAAGGCUAAAUUCACCAAAGAAGAACAUUGGAUAACCGAAAUAUAUGGCUUAGACCCUGUACAGCAUCAGCCGAAUGUGCUGCUUGCCUGGAUUUAUGGGAAAGGCGCUGAAGCUAUGGAGAAAGUCAGCUUCGAUGACCUGAAGGCUGGAAUUGAUAAAUUACUGAGUAUAUUUAAGAAGAAAUUCCCUGUUACCCCCGUUAAAUCUGUUUUGAGGUCACAGUGGGCGUCAAAUUUACUAGCGAGAAGCGCGUACGCGUACCGCUGUGUUGCCACUGAAGAAAACGGCGCUAGUGCGACAACACUGAGCGAGCCUAUCUACCACGGCAAUGGGUUGCCGUUAGUUUGCUUUGCCGGAGAAGCUACGUCGUAUCACAGACACUCAGCUGUACAUGGAGCGGUCGAGUCAGGAUUCAGAGAGGCUCAACGACUUAUGGAUAGCUUCGGGAAGACAAACGUCAAACCUAACCAAAAAUAAAUAAUAGUUUAAAAAAACUAACCAAUUACGCUUUUAUAGAAAAUCCAACUAAAAAAUAGAAAAUAAAUCUUAAUAAAUUUGAAUUAAAAAUAGUCUAAGAAAAAAAUAUUUUAUUGUAAAAAUUUAUUUAUUUUUAAUUUUUUAGUUGAAUUUAAAUUUUUUCAAUAUUUUUUUAUAUUGUAUUGUCACCGGUCCUUAAUAAGUAUACCAAGUUUCGAGUUAAUCCGACGUUUUGAAGGGGGUCAAAAUCAUGUUCAAAGAUUCAGUUACAAACAUACAUACGUCUGAAGCUAAUAAAAAGCGUAUCCAAGACACAUGUCAGAUGAAAAAUAUUUAAUUAAAUAACAUUAUAUUCUGACUAUUCUACUAUAGCUAUAUCAAUAACAUUUGAUUGUAGAAAUUUGAUAAAUGGUCACUAGCAGGAACUAUGAGAAUGACAAAAGGAUAAUUACAGGGCCGCCAUCUUUUGAAAACUAUUUAUGUUCUAUAAAAAAAAAAAAAGAUUAUAUAAGAAAUUUAAAAAAUGGUAUCAUUACAAAACAAUAUCUACAGAUUUCAGAUGAAUAAACGUUUUUUUCAUA